UUUUAGUCGAGUGUUUUCCACCGUACGAGUUGCGGAUCCUUCAUUCUCGAUUAGAUUUGCUUCCGGAGCUCUCGAUUAGUCGCAUGUCGCGGAGGAGAUUUUUGUUAUAUUUACAGUUAUGAUCGUAAGGGGUAUGUUUAGCUCGUUGGUGGCUCGUUCGUGACUCGUUUUGUUCUGGCCUCUGGCUGUCUUUGUCGCUUUCCGGAUGUUAGCUUCGCUGUCCUGAGCGAGGUCAGGGUAGAUUUUGAGUUGUUGGUGGUGAUGGUGGUGAUGGGAAGGGCGGCUGUUGCAAAGGUCCACGUAAUGCGGGGUUGAGUGUCUGUCCGGGUGGUGUUUAUGGACGGGGGUUGCCGUUUGUGUGUUGUGUCUGCUUCGUUUGAAUUGCGCGUCAUCUGAUGUCGCGCGUUCGUUACUGACCACCCAUUUCAGGGUUUUUUCUUUUUCUUUUCUUUUUCUCGCGCCAGCUCCCGUACAUCAACCAAGGAAAUUUCGGUGAAAGGUUGACUGACAUGCUUACGGAUGUGUGUGUCGUUCCUCGCUGCUUGGAUUAGAGACAUCAUUUCUAGUUUAGUGUGAGAUUGUUUCAAGUGCUCACAACGACUGAUGUGCGACUCGUGGAGAUUCGGACUAGCUGUAGGGGUGGGCGAAUACUUCUAUCCUGCUGUUGUCGCCUUCUCCUACCAUAUCUUAUUGACGUCAGCAUCACUACUGUUUCAGUCCCGGGUCGUGACACAGCCGUGGUUUACAUGCCACUAUGACUGUUUCUCUAGUAUUAUGCCUUGGCGGAGAUGUUUCAAAUUGAUAUUUCGUCCGUAUGUCAGUGCGUACCCACCGCUGUAUGUGACUGUUGCUUGAUCCCGAUGCACACUCGGCCAUGCUGACACAGGGUUCGUGCAAUUUGGAGAGCUUCUUUUCGGACUUUGCAUUAGGUCGAAACCCCCAUUUGAAUGACCGAUUCACGCCUGUGAGCAUGGCCAUUAGAUAGCAAUUGGUUAGGGAUGAUGGGGCCAUCGUUGUAACACAUCGGUGGAAGAGAGUUUGUUCAGACUCAAGAGGUUAUUGCCUGUUUUCCUGAAUUGGUGCGCACAUACAAGGAGUGGUUGGACAAGUAUGAGGACCCUGUGUGAUGUGUGUGAAGCGGCUCCUGCUCGGCUAUUUUGUGCUGCAGACGAAGCUGCGCUCUGCCUGAAAUGCGAUGAGAAGGUUCACAGCUGCAACAAGCUAGCAUAUAGACAUGUUCGACUUGAGCUGGCAGAAUCUCGACCCGUCCCUCGUUGUGAUAUAUGUGAGAAUGCUCCAGCAUUUUUUUUCUGUGGAGUUGAUGGGACGUCCUUGUGUCUCCAAUGUGACAUGGAUGUUCACGUCGGAGGAAAGAAGGCACAUGAGCGUUAUCUUAUGAUGAGACAAAGAGUGGAGCUUCCUUCUCGAAAGCUGAGAUUUGAAGACACAGUGGACACUGAGAAGCCGACAGCUGAGCCGAACAGUGUACCUGCUGACAAAAAUGGAACUUUAUUACCUGAUCAACAUCACCACCACCAUUAUCACCAUCACCACCAUCACCAUCAUCACGAAGACGAGCUUAGGGCAGGAUUGCCUGCGUCUAAACCCAGUUGUGAUCGAGAUAAUAGCAAUGCUCCAGCUAUUGCUAUUGCAGCCGGUGAUGAGGAGUCUUUAUUACUAGAUGAUUGUUUGGUUCAGAAUCAAUCUCGAAUGAUCGACCUCAAUUCCAGACCGAAGCGUUUACAAAACCAAGCUUCUGUGCCUGACAAGGGUUGAUAUGAAGUCUCGAUCUGAACUUAUUCUGCGGCAGUCGUCUCUGCAUAAUGAGCAGAGUUACGAGGAAGCAGUGACGAUCAUGGGGGUAUUGUAGUUUCGGAGCUGAUUUUCAAGCCUUACCAAAGGGCAUUGGAGUGGCUUUUCCUGCACACAUGGGUCUUUUGCUAUUAAUGACUUACAAUCAGCAAUGGAACUAUUGCAUGUACACGGAUGUGAGUUGUGAAUGAGAUAUGCACCCAAGCAAUGGAAGGUGCAGGAGUUGAGUUCUCUUAAACGACUCAAUGGAACAUUUUCCUUUUUAAGUACCCUUACAUGGAUCGUAUUGGGUCCUGUUUGCACAGUGUAUUGUGUGAAAAAAAAAAAAAAAAAAAAAAAAAAAAAAACUCGGUUCAACUUCUCAUAAUCUACUACAGGCUGAUUUAAAAGCCUUAGCUCAAGUGAUCAAGGCCUGUUUGGAGUCUUUUGACAUUUUAGUGGUUCGUUACUUAUUCCCCUCCAGUCAUUUGAAUACUCUUGGAUAGGUGUUCUGGCAUUUUUGCAGAACCUGCCAAGCUCAUAAUUUAGACACCUCCAGUUGGUUUCUUUUACAUUUUCCGUUGGAAACUUAGCAGACGGGUACUUAAAUACAUUCUCAAGUUGUCUUUGCUAAGGUAGAAGGGGCUCCAAGACAAUUUCAUUCUCCUUACUUGUACAAAUAUUUUACUUCUUUAUUGAGGUUAACAUUACUAUCACUGCUUA